CGAGGUAGCCUGAAUUGCGAGAGAAGACCGUAAUGCCAGAGAGAGAAUGAGAGAGACUCGUUAGGUGCUUGAGGAGAAGAGAGAGAGAGUCUUCUCUCUUUCUCUCUCUAACGUCAAGGUCACCUCUAUGUUUUCCUACUUUGAGAGGAAAGAGAUGGUGUUCAUCCCAAGAGAGUAGCAGGACGCUUGUCUCACUCCUAUCCUCUCCUCCCACUGCAAAAACUUCCUCAACCUUUACGUUUGCCUUCCUUUUUUCCUCUUAUUUAAACCCAACUCGAUCUUUACUUUCCCCUCACCCAUCCUUCUUUGUGCUUCUUUACUGCCCUCUCAACCUACUAAUGAUGCCUUCCUAUAAUAACUCCCCUUCUCCUACCUUCCACACCUCGUUAUCCGAAUUCCCAACCUACUCCAUUCUAAGUUUUAGCUACACGACCAUCCCCAUGCAGACACUUUCAGCCACUCUUCUCUAUCCUUUCCUCUUCCUCCUUUCUCUUCUGUUGUCCUUCUUCUUAUUCUUUCAAUGGCGUCAACGUCAAUACUGCCACCACCGUGGUAGGCUCCUCCCACCGGGUUCUGUGGGUUGGCCUUACCUCGGUGAGACUCUGAGGCUCUACACCCAGAGCUCCAUCACCUUCUUCUCCUCUAGGCAGAGAUGGUAUGGAAAUAUAUUCAAGACACAUAUACUAGGAUGUCCUUGUGUCAUGAUUUCCAGUGCUGAAGCUGCAAAGACUGUGCUUGUCAGUCAAGCUCAUUUGUUCAAACCCACAUUCCCACCAAGUAAAGAGAUGAUGAUAGGACCUGAGGCCAUUUUCUUCCAGCAAGGUUCAUACCAUUCUAUGCUGAGGAAGUUGGUUCAAUCCACCUUAAAUCCUUCUGCAAUCAGUGGAUCUGUCUCUGAAAUUGAGCAAAUUAUAUUCAACUUUCUUCCUAGCUGGGAUAAGUCCACCAUUAACACACUUGAACACAUGAAGAGGUUUACUUUCGACGUGGCAAUGCUGUCAGCUUUUGGUGGGGAUUGGGACAUAAACAAGCAGAGGAUCAAAGAAUUGUAUUACUGCUUGCAGAAAGGCUACAAUUCCAUGCCUUUGAACCUCCCUUGGACUCCCUUCCGGAAAGCAAUGAAGGCAAGGACACUUCUUAAUGUGACCUUGAGAAAGAUAAUCGAGAACAGAAGGGGAAGCGAUGACCAAGGAGAGGGGUUGUUAGGAGUCCUAUUGAGAUCUAAUGACCACAGCCUUAACCAUCUCAGUGACUCUCAAAUUGCUGAUAAUCUCAUUGGAGUCAUAUUUGCUGCUCAAGAUACCACUGCUAGUGUCCUCACCUGGAUACUAAAAUACUUGCAUGAUAAUGAAGAUGUCCUUGAAUCUGUUACUGAGGAACAGGAGGGAAUUCAGAGAAGAUUAAUUAAACAAAAGCGUGGGCUUACAUGGGCUGAUACGAGGAAGAUGCCGUUGACCAACCGGGUGAUACAAGAAACACUGAGAACAGCCAGCAUUCUGGCCUUCACUUUCAGAGAAGCAGUUGAAGAUGUGGAGUUUGAAGGGUACAUAAUCCCUAAAGGCUGGAAGGUUCUUCCCCUCUUCCGUAGUAUUCAUCACUCUCCUGAAUACUUCCCUCACCCUGAAAAAUUUGACCCUUCAAGAUUCGAGGUUUCACCAAUACCCAACACUUUUCUGCCUUUCGGUAAUGGAGUCCACUCAUGUCCAGGCAGUGAGUUGGCCAAGCUUGAGAUACUCGUCUUCCUCCACCACCUCACCACCACUUACAGGUGGGAGUUAGUCAGGAAGGAUGAUGGAGUACAAUACGGCCCCUUCCUAGUACCUAAAAAAGGCUUACCCAUAAGGGUCUCUGUAAGGACUGUGAACUAGGAGAUGAAUAAGGAGAAGAAGAGAGAGUAAUACAACUAUCCUAGCUAGGACUGUGAACAAGGAGAUGAACAAGGAAAAGAAGAGAGAGUAAUACAACUAUCCUAGCUCAUAUAUUCCACAAGCUGUGAGUAAAGAGGUGGAAAAGAUGUGGACCCCUAAGGGAUCUAGUUGUCUGUGUUUUGUGUUGGUAUAAUGUAGGUGUAGAUUUCUCUGUAGGUUUUUUGUUGGGAUGAUGUUGUAGGUGUCUUUGUAGGGUUUUUGUGGGGAUAAAGUAGUUGUUUGUAGGCUUCUCUGUAGGUUUUUGUGGGGUUAAGGUAAAUGUUUGUUUCUCAGUAGGUAGAUGCAUGUAAUAGACAAAGUAUGCUUAGAAAUGUAUCUAUUGAAUGAAACUUUAGUUUAGUUA